CACCUCCAAUGGCGCCUCCCAGACCCCCCUACGUCUGCCUCAAUUGCAGGCUGUUUGCCCGUCGGCCCUUCUCCUCGUCGGCCCGCCGACCGGACACCAUCCGACCGGCGACGGCCCCCAAACCCACCCCCGACGUCAAGCACAUCCGCCAAAACCCCGAGCUCUACUCUCAGAACUGCGUCGACCGCAACUAUCCCGCCCACGCCCAAUACCCUCUCAAGAUCCAGCAGCUGUCCGAUGAAGCGCGACGUCUCGACCAGGAUCUCAAAACCCCGCGAUCGCGCAUCAAGGAAUUGGAAAAGGCUAUCGGCAAAAUCGCCAGUGCUGCCAGCAAUGGCUCCGAACCCAGCGAAGACCUGGCCUCCCUCCGCGCCGAAGCAACCCGCCUGAAAGAUGAAUCCAACGCCAUGUCCACUCGCAAGACCACCUGUGCCGAUGAAAUCAACCGUCUGGCCCUGUCCCUCCCCAAUCUCUCCUCCUCCCACACCCCCAUCGGCGCCGACCCAAUCCUGAUCAACUACAUCAACUUCGACCCCCAGUCACCCCCCGAGUGGGUGACUCGCCCCGACCCAGGUCGCUCGCACGUCACCAUCGGCACCAACCUGGGACUUCUCGAUUUCACUAGCUCCGCCAUCACCACAGGCUGGGGCUGGUACUUCCUCACCAACGAGGGCGCCCUGCUGGAACAAGCCCUGGUCCAGUAUGCCCUCAGCGUCGCUCGCCGCCACGGCUGGAAGCCCGUCUCCCCUCCCUCCCUCGUCUACUCCUACGUCGCUGAAGCCUGCGGCUUCCAGCCCCGCGACCAGCACAACGAGCAACAGAUCUGGGCCAUCGAGCAGACCGAGAAAGACAAAUCCAAACCACAACGCUCCCUCGCCGCUACCGCCGAAAUCCCCCUCGCCGCCAUGCACGCCGGCCGCGACAUUCCCGCCACCCAGCUACCCCUGCGUCUCGUGGGACCCAGCCGCUGCUACCGCGCCGAGGCGGGCUCUCGCGGCGUCGACACCAAGGGCCUGUACCGAGUGCACGAGUUCACCAAGGUCGAGAUGUUCGCCUGGGCCGACAACCUCCCGGACACCAGCAAGGGUGGUGUCACGUCCGACGACCUCUUCGCGGAGCUCCUCUCCAUCCAGACCGAGAUCCUCACCGCCCUGAACCUCCCCUGCCGCGUGCUCGAAAUGCCCUCAACCGACCUCGGCGCCAGUGCCAGCCGCAAACGCGACAUCGAAGUCCUCUUCCCGUCGCGACUGCGCGCCACCGAGAAGAACAGCGCUCCGGAUCUCGAAUCCGGCUGGGGCGAGGUUACCUCCGCGUCCAUCUGCACCGAUUACCAGAGUCGUCGCCUGGGGACCCGCGUCCGCGGCGGUCCUGUCAAGGAAUCCCGGUUCCCGCAUACCGUGAACGGCACGGCCAUGGCCGUUCCGCGCGUGCUCGCCGCUAUCCUGGAGAACGGAUGGGACGCGGACCGCGAAGUGGUGGUUAUUCCGGAGGUGUUGAGGAAUUAUAUGGGCGGGAUGGAAUCUAUUGGAAAGAAUUAAUCUUUCGUAGAUGUACGGAUAGAUGUAUGACUAGUAUGGUGAAUAAAUGAAUGUAUU